AUGGCCACCAGUCCUUGGCCAUCGAAGUUCGUGGGUGCACACAUCUACCUGCCGCAACCAGGAAUAGAAGGUGAUUCCUGGGACAACAUCCCAAACUCGUGGAACGAUAUCCGCUUCGACGCAGUCGAUGUUCUCUUCAUCAGCCCCUUUUUCGUCAAUAAGAUCGACUACUCGAUCAUGCUGAGCACUGGUGAUGAUGGUACAACCUCUCUUGGCGGACGCUUCGAGUGGGUGAUUCGAGCGGCUCGCUCCAAGAACCCCAACAUCAAAAUCAUCUUGGAGCAAUUCUAUGGUUCUUGCGAAGGCGGGGGUGACUACGGCAUCAUCAGCAACGCUUCCGAAGUUGUCCAAUACGCCAACUCUGUGUCCAACUUCAUCGAAACUUACUACAAUCGAAUGCUCCCUGCCCUCGAUGGGCCUGGUGAGGUCUCUGCUCGAAUUGACGGUUUGGAUGUCGACGUCGAGAAAGGCAAUUUGUCAUCAAACCUCCUAUCUAGUAUCCUCACCACUCUUCGCGGGAGCUUUGAUGAACUCAGCUCCAAACUGAGUGCUCCCAGACUCACUGUUUCUAUCUGCCCGGCAUGGCCCACUAACCUCAACGCCAGUAUGGCACAGUCUUGCGAUUAUGUCAACAUGCAAAACUACUCUGGCGGCGAAGGAACAGACCCAAGUGUCUUUCUACAAGCCAUCCCUGGCCUCAGCGAGCAGCAGCAGUUGUCAUGGGGAUUCGCUUCUGAAAUGCCCAGCGUCAAUACUACCCAAACAUUUGCCGCCGUGAAGGCCAAAGCUCAGCAAAUUAUGAAUGGGCGCUUCGCAGGUACCUAUAACUGGCGUCUCAACUCUACCGACUAUCCCUUCGAGAACGAUUUCCAGGUCUGGCUGUACAACUUCGUUCAUGGAGCCUCCUUGCCUGAUGCGAAGCCAGAAGCUGUCGUGGCCCAGGGUUGGAACAAUGAUGGUCAGGAAUAA